AUGGAAGAAAACGGAAGCUUUGCUCGCAAAGUUAUCGAGUUCGAUGUUCUCCCAUCUCCAGUAACUCUUGUUGAAUCGCAGAUCCGGUUAGAAGGUGGGGCACUAGCUGUGGAUGGCGAAGGUACAUUGCUGGCCACUGAAAACAGCAUUAUCAACCAAAACCGCAAUCCGGGUCUUUCAAAGACCACGAUUGAAACAGAGCUGCGGCGUCUGCUAGGCGUUGAGAAAAUCAUCUGGUUCCCUGGCCGAAAGGACCUGGAUGUCACUGAUGUGCAUGUUGAUGCUGAAGUCAACUUUGUCCGGCCAGGGGUUGUUGUCCUCUCACGGCCCCAUUCUAGUGCGCCUAAGGCAUGGGUGGAGAUCUAUGAAGAAAUCAGGGACAUUUUGGGCCAGUCGGCUGAUGCGAAGGGUCGUUCUUUCGAGGUACACGAAGUAGACGAGCCGAGCCCCAAGAUCUUCGGGAUCUUGUCUUACGAUGAGCCAACCAUAAACCAUGAGAAUUUUUCAUUUCGUGAAUGGAUGGCUCAUUAUUCCUCAGUUCGGCGAUAG